UUUCCAUGGUUAGACCGACGUAUUAUUGAUGGAAAGCCUCUUUUAUUUUGUAUUUGGUGUGAAAAAUAUCCAACUGCUGACAAUAUUUUUGUUAAAGGUUGUGGUACUUUUCGAAAAGAUUAUCUUAAUCAACAUAUUAAAAUAAAUGGUCAUAUAAAUGCGAUGAAAGCUUAUUAUCAACCAGCAAAUCAAAUAGAUUUGUUUACUGGAUUUACUACACAAGCUGAUUAUAAUAAAUUAGAAAUUAUUUCAAAGAUGCGAUGUGUAUAUUUAUGUGCACAAAAACAUCUUCCAAUUUUUGCUUACCCAGAUAUUAUUAAUUUGAUGAAUUUAAAUCUAAAAAAUCAAACUAAAUUAGUAUAUGAUAGUGAAGUUCAAACUUUAACUCCUCCAUUUUUUGGUCCAAAAAAAGAAAAAUUAGUUACGGAUUUUUCUGAAAACUCUUCAAAUUAUGCAGAAUAUACUAAUUCGGUUUCUGGAACUACAUUUUUACAUGCAAUUGCAGCAGUAAUUGAGGAAUCAGUUUUAGAAGAAACAAGAAAAUCAUCAGCCUGGAGUUUGUUAAUUGAUGAAAGUAAUACAAUUACACAUAAUAAAACUUGUGCAAUUGUAAGCAAACAUGUAGCAAAUAAUAUUCCUGUACUUCGGUAUUUAGGAUUAAUUGAAUUAAAAGAAGUAGAUGCAAUAGCAAAAAUAUUAGAACCUUCAAAAUUAUUACAUUUUGGAAGUGAUGGCGAUAGUAAAAUGAUAGGAGUUCGAAAUGGCGUUGCUACAAAACUUAAAAAGUUAAAUCCUUUUAUGAGUAAUUGUCAUUGUAUUGCUCAUCGAUUAGCUUUAGCAGGAAAAGAUUCAGCAAAAGAUGUACCUUAUUUUCUUGAUUAUGAAAUUACAAUUAAAGAACUUUAUGCAUAUUUUGCUAAUUCUCAUACUAAAUCACAACAACGUGCUCAAAAUUUAUUAGAAGAACUUGAUGCUGAUUUUAUUUUAGCAACAAAAUUUCUUGCAGAUAUUUUAUCAAUAAUUUCAGCAUUAUGUAAAAUAUUUCAAUCCGAUUAUGUAGCUUUUUCAGAUAUUCAUCAAGAGUUAAACAAAACAAUUCAUUCUAUUACUAUUGAAUUUAUUGGAUAUCCUGAUGAAAAUAUUGAACCAACAUUAGGAACACAUUUACAUGAUUAUUGUAUACAAUAUUCAGUUGAUGUAAUUCCUAAUUUUGUUAAAGAAUUUGCUAAUGCUAUAAUUAUUAAUUUGAAAUACCGAUUUCCUAAUACAGUAUUAUAUAAUGCUAUGCUUCCAACAACAAUACAACAAAUGAGUAGUUUUGGAGAAGAAGAAAUUGCGUAUCUUGCAGAAUAUUAUGGUAUAGAUCGAAUUGAAAAUGGUCAAGUAUUUUCAGCUCUUAUUAAUAAAUUUGAGCUUAUUAAAGAAUGGCGAAUGGCUAAAUUAAUUUUAUGUAAUUUUACAACUUUUCAAUUUGUUGAAGGAUGGGAGUUUAUUUUUCGUACUACUCAAUUUAUUACUCAAUAUCCUAAUUUAACUCAAAUUAUUCAUUUAGCAUUUAUAGUUCCUGUUUCAAAUGGAAAUGUUGAACGUAUAUUUUCUCAACAAAAUUUAAUUAAAACAAAACUUCGUAAUCAGAUGAAAUUAAAUACACUUAAUUCUCAUUUAAUGAUAGUUAUGAAUGGGCCUUCUUUAGAUAAAUUUAAUUUUGAGAAAGCAUAUGAAUUAUGGAAACGUA